GCAGGGCAGAGAUAAGGCUGGCAGGCAGCCCAGGCAGGCAGCUCAGUCCCGGUGGAGGCUUGGGAAGAGGCGGCAGCUGCUGUGAGGACAUUCUGGUGGUCAGGCCGUGGCAUGGCGCUCUUCUCCCAGUGCCUGGAGCCGGUGGGGUUCCUGCAGUCGCUGCGCUCACUGGCCCUGGGUGUCGUCUCCCACCUGCAAGGCUCGGCCACGCCCGAGGAGCUGACCUUCGUGCGCCGGGAGCUGGAGCUGCUGGAGCGGGAGCUGGCCGGGGGCCCGGGGCUGCUGGAGGACGGGGGGCUGGGCACCUGCGAGGACUGCGUGGCGGCCGCCUUCGGGCAGCUGUGCCUGGCCAUGCGGGCGGGAGCUCCCCACGCCCCCCAGGAGGCGGAGCUCUUCCUGCAGUGCUGCUCCCGCGAGAAGCUGGAGCGCCGCCUGCUGGGCCUGUGGCGCCGUGUGCAGGGCAACGGGGUGGUGGCCCUGCAGCGCCCCCUGCUGGAGCAGGCCGUGCAGCUCCACCAGCCGCGGCGCCCCGAGAUGGCCCGGCUGUGCCAGAAGCUGAACGCAGUGCUGGGGGCGGGCUUGUUGUGCCUGCUGAGCGAGGCGGGGCUGAGGCAGAGGGACCCCGUCCUGCUGCUGGGGCUGUGGGACGAGCGGGUGAGCGCCCUGCACAAGCGGGCGCAGGAGGCUCUGGCCCAGUGCGCCGGCUACUUCCGCCAGCAGGCCCAGCAGGACGUGGAGCAGGCCCUGGCCGAAGCCCCGGCCCCCCCGGCCCCCGCCGAGCUGGCCGCCACCCUGCUGCGGAAGCUGGAGCAGAACUACGACUGGCUGCGCUGGGCCGUGAUGGCUUGGCAGGGCGGGGGCCAGGAGGUGCUGGCCCAGGGCCACUUUGUGGCCAGCCAGGCCCCAGCCGCGGGGCUGCACGUGGUGGCCUGCUAUGGGGAGAGCCCCUCAGCCCUCGACCGAGCGCGCACCCACCAGCUGAUUGGAGAGCUGGAGUGGAAGCUGCCCAACCCACCCCCGGAGGUCUACGCCAGCCUGGAGGCAGAGCCGGCCCGGGCCAGUGACUACCUGGCUCGCCGCAUGCUGCAGAAGCUGUCCGAGGGGCUGGGCCCCGGCCUCACCAUCCUCGUGGUCCCCGGCAAGCUGGAGAUGAGGAGCAGCUUCCCGCCGGCUGCCAGCCUGCUGCACGAGUACCGCCACCGCCUGGCAUCGGGCACCGUCUGCCUCUUUGGCUAAGAAGGCCAGCUGGGGCCAGGCCCCCCCCCCGAAUAAAAGGCCCCUGCACAGAA